AUGCCUUCCAAGAACUCCAUGCCGUCGCCUCAAAAGAGCGCCCCCAAGCCAGUCACUCAGGGUUCAGAACUUGCAGAGAACCUUGAGAAUGCCUUCCUGGCCAUGUGCCUGCGCCACUUGAACAUGGAAACCAAGAAGGUGGACGCAUGCGCAGUUGCCGAGGCACUGGGCUACAGCAAUGCAAAGUCGGCGGGUAAUCGCUUUUGUGCUUUGCGAAAGAAGUACAACCUGCGAGAUGAGAUGCCACAGACAAAGUCGAGCGCCAAAACCACCACGAACAAAGUUCAAAAGACUCCGACAAAGCGGGGUGGCAACAAGAAAAUCAACAGCUCCCCGGAAUCCCAGCGUGAAAAUGAUUUUGAGACCGAAGACUUUGCGGAGACUGGAGUUUCUGGGAGCAUGGAGAGCUACGUCGAGGAGAAUGAUGGCGACGAUGAGGGUGGUGUUAGUACCGGAUUGAAAAAGGAAAACAAGGAAUAUGAAACUAGCGACUACUAA